GGACUCCGGAGAUGGAGGAAAAGGAGCAAUUACGGCGGCAGAUCCGCCUCCUACAGGGUCUGAUCGAUGACUAUAAAAACCUCCAUGGCAAUGCCCCUGCCCCAGGCACUUCAACUGCUUCCCGUUGGCAGCCACCCACUUACCACAGUGGCAGAGCCUUUGGUGCCCGCUACCCUCGUCCAAGCAGGAGAGGCUUUUCCUCACACCAUGGGCCUUCGUGGCGCAAGAAAUACUCCCUCGUGAAUCAGCCUUCAGGAUCCUCAGACCCACCUGGUAACUGUGCUGUGCAAUCCUCGCUUGUGGUUGGGGGCACCCAGAGUCCUGACCCCCAGCAGCAUGUCCUUGAGAGACAGGUUCAACUUAGUUCAGAUCAGAACAUGGUCAUCAAAAUUAAACCACAACCGAAGUCUGACACUGCCAGAGCUUCAGGAGCCCAGCAGGGCUCUUUGGAAGAAUAUGAGGACAUCCCUUGGAACAAACAAAGACCCCAGGAAGGUGAGGGUGAGCCUCCUGGUGGGCAGCUACAGACCUCCAGGCCAGGAAGAGUCAAGGGGAGCUACAAUGUGGAGGAUUCUCGUCUGGUCUGCCAGAAGGAACCUGGCAAGCCCAGGGUGGUAAAGUCUGUGGGCAGUGUGGGCGACAGCCCCUUGGAGCCUCGCCGGACAGUCAGUGAGAGCGCGAUUGCCCUCAAGGCCAGCAUCCCAUCUUCUACCCUGUCCUCGCGCACCAGUGUGGCUCAGGCCCGGAAGGUGGGCUCUCAUUCUGGGGCCAGCAGUGCAGCACAGCUCCUCGGGGAUGGAAGAGUGAACGCCAUUCAUCUAGAUCAGCCAACUUUCUCUGACUCAGUAGUGGGCCCGGCCAGACUAGCCUCAGGACCCAGGCAGGCACGGGAGACCUCCCUGCUUGUGUCCUGUCGAACCAACAAGUUCCGGAAAAACAACUAUAAAUGGGUGGCCACCUCAGUGAAGAGCCCCCGGGCUACUCGGAGAGCCCUUAGUCCCAGAGUGGCUGGAGAGAAUGUGUGCAAGGCCCCCUUUGGCACAGCAGACAAGAUGGAGAAAUUACAGCUCAGAACUGACCCAGAGGCCAAACCCAGGAAGCCAGCCAUGUCUUCCAAGCCAGGGCCUGCCCCCAGCAAGUACAAGUGGAAGGCUUCCAGUCCCUCUGCCUCCUCCUCUUCCUCCUUCCGUUGGCAGUCAGAGGCUGGCAGCAAGGACCAUGCCUCCCAGCUCUCCCCAGUUCCAUCUAGGUCCUCUGUGGGGGACAGAGCAGCAGUGGGACCCAGUGGCUUGAAGCCCCUUUUUGGUGAGACCCCACUCUCGGCUUACAAAGUAAAGAGCCGCACCAAAAUCAUCCGGAGGCGGGGGAGUGGCAGCCUUCCUGGUGAUAAGAAGAACAACCCCUCACCCACCACCACUACCAAGAGCCACCUCAGCCUCCGGCGGAGACAGUCACUGCGGGGGAAGAGCAGCCCUGUUCUGAAGAAGGGCCAGAUGCAGGUCACCAGGCACCGGCUGUGCUGUCUGCCACCAAGCCGGGCCUACCUCCCCACCAAGGAAGCGUCCAGCCUGCACAUCCUGCGGACUCCACCCACCAGCAAGGUGAUCAAGACCCGGUACCGCAUCGUGAAGAAGACUCCUGCCUCUCCUCUCAGUGCCCCACCCUUCUCCCUGUCUCUGCCCUCCUGGCGGGCCCGGCGGCUCUCACUGUCCAGGUCCCUAGUGCUGAACCGCCAGCGACCAGCUGCCAAUGGCAGUGGGAAAGCUCAGCCAGGCUCUCCUCGGUGGCGGAACAAAGGCUACCGCUGCAUUGGAGGGGUCCUUUACAAGGUGUCUGCCAACAAGCUCUCUAAGACUUCCAGCCAGCCCAGCGACGGGGGCAGCAGGCCUCUCCUCCGCCCAGGCCGGCUGGACCCUGCCAGCAGUUGUAGCCGUUCCCUGGCCAGUCGGGCUGUGCAGCGUAGCCUGGCCAUCAUCCGGCAGGCACGGCAGAAGAAAGAGAAGAAGAAAGAGUAUUGCAUGUACUACAACCGAUUCGGCAGGUGUAACCGUGGCGAGCACUGUCCCUACAUCCAUGACCCCGAGAAGGUGGCCGUGUGUACCAGGUUUGUCCGGGGUACGUGCAAGAAGACAGAUGGGACCUGCCCCUUCUCUCACCAUGUGUCUAAGGAGAAGAUGCCCGUGUGCUCCUACUUCCUGAAGGGGAUCUGCAACAACAGCAAUUGUCCCUACAGUCAUGUGUAUGUGUCCCGGAAGGCCGAGGUCUGCAACGAUUUCCUCAAAGGCUACUGCCCUCUGGGCGCAAAGUGCAAGAAGAAACACACGCUGCUGUGCCCCGACUUUGCUCGCAGGGGUGCAUGUGCCCGCGGUACCCAGUGCCAGCUGCUCCACCGCAACCAGAAGCGCCAUGGCCGGCGGGCAUCUGCAUCUCCUGCCCCAGGACCCAGUGACGCACCUCCCAGGAACAAGGCCUCAAUUGGCCAUGGGCCCAGGAAACCCUUGGUUGCAGAGCGCCCUGCCAGGCAGACGCCCAGCUCCCCCAGCCCCACAGCUUCUACCCCAGCUGCCCCUGCCUGUUCCCCAGGGGCGUCAGCAUCAGCCUCUUCCUCUCCCUCGUCCUCGAAGGCUUGCCCCUCUUCCCCUUCCUCGCCCCACUCCUCCUCCCCCACUUCUCCCUCCUCGGACCAGGAGGAGCCAUCUCUCCAGGAGGAGACCACCUUGGCGGUGACAGGCUCCGGCAGCCUCUGCAAGCUGCCAUCCUUCAUUUCCCUGAAGUCCUCUCCAAGGCCAGGAAGCCAGUCCAGAGCCCAAACCCCCAGGAACCCUCUUACCAAGGACUCAGGGAAGCCUCUGCACAUCAAACCACGCCUGUGA